ACUUAUUCUUAGUCACACGCUAAACUGUCGUUUUUAAGAUAUGCCAUAACAUCAGUUCUUUAUCUUUUGUUACAUUGAACAUACGGGAAGAAAUUACUUUAAAAUCAUGUACAGGAGUGUAAAAACUUGCUCAUCACCGCGUUUUAAACAUGUUUUCUUACAAAUUGUAAAAAGGAAAUUAGUGUUGCCUUAGUGAAGCGAUAUAAAAUGUUUUAAGAGUGUUGUAAUUGUGCUGGUUAAAUGUGGUGGAAUCUUACGUUAUUUAGUGAAUUUAAUUAUUGUUUAAUUAGUUUUGUUUUUAAUUAAAUAAAUGUGGAAGAAAGCUAGUUAUGCAGCGUUAUUUUUUAAAGAUGUAGAAAAAGCGACCCCCGAGGAAGGGGAGAACGCGACUCUCCUGUCUCAACGCAACGACAAACUCCGACCGCCGCGCCCGAAGAAACCAUCCCCUGUCAACAAUGGGACGACACAUCCACCACCUACCCACAUAGCACUGCAGUUCCAGCCAAUCGGCUCGUCAUCAACCAUCUACUCGCCGGACUCCACGCCAGCGCCGGACUCGGUGGAGUGGUCGAGGAGAUGGCGCCGCCACGACCGGCGGCAGGGGCGACUCAACACUGAACUGCUUGAGGCUAUUGAGAACCAUGACAUCGAAGAAGUUGAAAGAUUGCUCAAUGCGGGUGCAAAUCCAAACGCAACAUGUCGCCAGGACCUGGUGUCGGCAUGUCACUUGUCUGCCAUGUUGGGAGGGGAGUCCCUGGACCUCCUCGUCAAGUUCGGCGCAGAGAAGUCUCGCCAAGACAGACUGGGUCGCUCGCCGCUCCACCUGGCGGCAUUUGCGGGGAACGCGCGGCAAAUGGCUAUUCUUCUAGACUUUCCGGAAGAUAUACAAAGGCGGGUGGCCAACGAUGACAUGUCUUCGGAGGCCGAGGAGGAGGUGAAGAAGAUCAACCUGGCGAAGGAGAUGGUGAACGUGCGCUGCAACGUGGUCACUGUCGAGACCCUCCUGCCCAAGGCCUGGAGUGACAACAUCGACCACGACUGCAUGGACAUCGAAGGCACUUUGCCGUUACUGCAAGCUGGCUGGACACCGCUGCACGUAGCAGCGUCCUGCGCCCGUCGCCACUGCACCCGGCUGCUGUUGGCUGCUGGUGCCGACCCCAACAUCACGGACGAGCGGGGCCGCACACCACUCGACGUGGCCGGCUCGGGAUAUUAUUAUGGCCACGAUAUUGAUAACAAAAAUUUUACAGAAGUGGUGAAAAGACUUCUAGCUGCUGGGGGUCAGAUUUACAGUAUGAAAAGCAGAGGAUUGGGUUUACCAACUAAGCAAAAGACUGAUUCGUCAGAUGAACAAGGUUGGAUGGACACCCCAUUACACACGGCUGUUGAGUUAUCUAAUAUUGAGUGUAUAAAUGAAUUGCUAGAAGCUGGAGCAUCUAUUGCUUGUCUGAACACUAAAGGAAUCACACCUCUACAUGUUUGCGUUAAUAAAGAACUUGAAGAACCCCUUAAGAUUCUUGCUAACUAUGCCUAUAAAGACGCUGAUCCAUUAAGAGCUAUGGUCGAUGUGAAGGAUAAAGAUGGGUAUACAGUGCUGCAGACAGCUGUCAAAGCUGGUUGGGUUACGGGAGUCUGUAUAGCGUUAGAAGCAGGAGCUGAUGUUACAAUAAGGGCAAAUGAUGGUGAAACACCGAUACAUUGUGCUGCAGCUUUAGGAGAUUUGGAUAUACUAAAUGAAAUUUUAAGUAUACCAAAACAAAGCAAAGAUUAUAUAGAUUGCCAGAAUGACGAGGGUGAAACGCCUUUAUCGAAAGCUGUCCUAUUUGGGCAUUUGAAAUGUGUAGAUAUAAUACUAAAUGAAGGUGCUUCGAUAAAAUUAAUCAUGCCAGGAAAUGUUAAUGUUCUGCAUGUUGCUGCUGAAUUUGGUCAUGAUGGUAUUUUAAAACACUUAUUAGAAUAUGAUGAUGGUAUUGCAGAAGAUAUGAUUAACGACUUGACAACUGCCGAUCGUAGAGGUUUUGGGCCAAUACAUUUUGCGGUUUUAAAUAACCACGUAGAAUGUGUAAAAUACUUAUUAAGUAAAAAUGCUGAUAUUAGAUUAAGAACCACGGACAGCCCCUUUAAAUCUUCCACGCCGUUACAUUUAGCAGCUUUAAAAAACUUUGAAAGUGUUGCUAAAGCUAUUCUUAAUCACGAUAGAACAACUAUAUACGAAGUAAACAAUAUGGGAUGGUACCCUUUACACACCGCGGGUCAUCACGGCAGUAGAGACAUUAUAACGCUCCUUUUACAAGAAGGAGCUGAUUUAUCAGGCUACACAGAUGGGCCCAAAAAGUUUAGAAGAACCGCUAUAGAUAUGAUUAUUAAUAACAUAUCAAAACCUACAUCUUUUUUGGAAAAAGUCUUUGAUUCUUAUAUUUCUUCCAACUCCCAGAACUUUCAAGAUUCAAAAUGUGAAGUUACUGUUGAUUACAGAAUAUUAAUGCCUACAGUUUGCGAAAUGGAACAGAUGAAGGUUAUUGAAGCGCUUCUGGAAACGGGAAACAGAUUUGGCCAGUUGAAACUGCUGGUUCACCCUUUGGUCGAGAGUUUCCUCUUCCUAAAGUGGAAGGCUCUUCUACCAUUUUUCUAUACAAUCAUUGCUGUAUAUGCCCUGUUUGUUAGCUCACUCACAAUAUUUACUAUUUCUGUAUUUUUCUUCAAAGAUACUGGAGACAACCCUCCGGCAGUAUUAAAUCCGAAUGCUUGGGGUUAUAUUGUAUAUAUCACUAUAUUUUUGAUAAUUCUGCAGGAAAUUCUCUACAUGAAUGUUAAAAGCAUAAAAUACUUCUUACAACUCGAGACGUGGAUCAAGUUCUGGUCAAUAGCCCUAGCAGCAGUGCUACCGCCGGCAGUCGUGUUAGUGUCAGUUGAAACUACAGAAUGGCCGAGACAUGUAGCAACUUGUGCUUUACUAUGUUCCUGGAUAGAACUCAUGUUUCUACUAUCUAGGUUUCCAAAUUGGGGCUACUACGUACUCAUGUUUGGAAAAGUAGCUGCAAAUGUUAUAAAAAUCCUUCUAACUUUUGCAUUUCUGGUUGUUGGAUUUUCUCUGAGUUUUAUGAUACAAUUUCGGUCCGAAAUACCAUUCGAUGGACCUUGGGCAGCUUUCGUCAAAACUAUGGUUAUGAUGACAUCAGAAUUCGACUACUCCGCACUAUUUGACAAGGAUCAUUCCCGGGAUUUGGCAACGUCACUGAUUAUUGUUCGACUAAUAUUUCUUGUCUUCCUCAUUCUGGCCGCGAUUGUCCUUAUGAACCUUAUGGUCGGUGUUGCUGUCAACGAUAUAAAUGACUUGGAAAUUCUAGGUAAUAUACGGAGACUUGCCAAGCAGGUAGAGUUUCUUAGCACGUUGGACAACUUGGUAUAUAAUAAGUUUUUUACGACGGUAUUACCUACACGUGUAAAUAAUCGUAUUAAAAAUAAAAGAAACGUAAUGGGAGUUAUAACCUUUUGCCCGGGAAGAUCAAGGUUUCGUUUUCAUAAAAAGCUGCCAUCUCAUUUAAAGAAUGCAAUUAUAGACAAAGCUAAUGAACAAAAGAAACAGCUAGAAGAUGAAUUUCAUAUGGAAGUUUUCAGGACAAAAAUUGAUGAGAUGCACGAAGCGAUCACGAAAAAGAAAACUGAAGAAACUGAAAAAGUAGAUGGAAUGAAAAAAGAGCAGCAAUUAUUACAAAAGAUUAAGUAUGAUGAUAUACUUAAGCGCCUGAACAGUUUAGAUGAUAGUGUAAGUAAAGUUAAAACCCAAGUGAAGACUGAAAUAGAAAACAUAAAACCAUUAGAUGAACUUAAUGUUAAAAUGGACCAAAUGUCUUUAGAAUUAGAAGGUAUUAAAUUGUUUUUAAGUAGAUUAGAAAGCAAACUUGGUAGUAUAUAAAAAUAAAUACAUUGUGUAUAAUGA